UCACAUCGAUUGCCGUGUCUACAUAAAAUUAUUUAUACUCACAUACCCUGUAGGCAGGUAAUCUGAGAAGUUAUCAGACUGAAAAACAAUGAGAUUCAGUGUUGUGGAAUUGGUAGUCAGCGUAAAGCGGGCCUAUUGGGCUUCGCAGGGCCUGAAAUCAAGACGGAUUGAGCUGAGCAAUGGAAGCACAAUGCACUGCUUGGUUAAAACCAGCGCUUCUUCGCCGCCCAAGCCGGCUGUUCUGCUCGUUCAUGGCUUCGGAGCAGAUGGAUUGAGCGGUUGGGACAAGCAAAUCGGGGCUCUGGGAAAGCACUUUGAUCUCUACAUUCCGGACCUUUUGUUUUUCGGCGAGUCCACCACGAGGAGCUCCGAAAGGUCGGAGAUUUUUCAGGCGGAGUGCGUGAAGAACAUGUUGGAUUGCCUGCAAGUGAAGAGUGUCAUGGUUGUUGGGCAUAGCUAUGGUGGGUUUGUGGGUUUUUGGAUGGCGCAUCGAUUUCCUGAGCUUGUGCGUUGUCUUGUAAUUGUGAGCUCUGGUGUGUGCAUGACUCCCUCCAGUAAUGAUGAUCUGCUUAAGGAGAUCGGUGCUUCUGAUAUCAGGGACGUUCUUCUUCCCAGGAAUGUGCAGGACUUUAAGAAGUGCAUCAAUCAUACCGUUUAUAAGAUGCCUUGGCUUCCUAAUUUCAUAUACAAGGACUUCAUGGAGAGUAAGGGCGGAAGGAGAAACGAGAGAUUAGAGCUCUUCGAUGGCAUUGUCAUUGGCUCCAAAAAUGCUCACCCGCUCCCCACACUGGUCCAGGAAGUUCUGAUCAUUUGGGGAAAGAAUGACAAAAUCUUCAAGCUCCAAGAGGCACAUGCUAUUCAAAGGCAUAUUGGAGAAAAAGCCAAGCUUGUGGUGAUAGAAGAGUGCGGGCAUGUUCCUUCGAUUGAGAAACCCGCCGAAUUGAAUGAACAACUGCUGAAAUUUUUGCUGGAUAUUGAAAAGUCUCAAACAGAAAUGAUUCAACAGACCCCAAAGAAUUCUAAGCAAAUUUACAGACGAUCAACGGGAUUAGGUGAAGAUGAUAAUAGUUUUGAAACAUCCAACUAAUCCAACUAGUGGGCAUCGUGGAAGACCAUGAACAACACACCAAAAAAGUGGUUAUAAGAGUUUGACUUGUCUGUUUUAGUAUUGAGAAGGAGGUGUAUUAAAAUCAUAUUAGAAUAUGGAGGAACAUGCCAUUACAGUAAUAGAGGCGAAUUUUCUGUGUCUGGGCAUGCGUGUAUUUGAGUUGUAAGAGGUCAAAACCUCAUUAUAUUAUUGCUUAAGACCCAAAUGAUUAUGACAGGAAAUUUUUAAUAGGAAAGCUACAGCUUUGAUGCUCA